ACUCUGACAUCCUCAGUCUUCAUCAUCUCCUCUUCAUCAGAUCAUCAUGGGCGUGGCCUACAGCGUGGGCGAAAUGGAUCACCUGUACACGUUCUUCAAUCACUGGUCUCUACACAUGAACACCAGUCCAGACUGGAAACGGAACUUCUUACUGGUGGAGAAAGAAACAUUCCUCCAGAUUGAGCGAGAUUCUCAUCCUGAACCCAUGAUCGUCACCGUGUGUAAACCGAAGCGUUCUCCGAGUGUCUGCAGCUCCCCGAGUGUCUCUGUCUCCGAGGACGAGGAGGGUGAGGGUGAGGAUUCACCCCCGGUCCUGAAACACACCAGUCACAUCCUGAGGGAACAGCACACCCAAAACUUAGUGCGGAACAUUCCGGCGCGGCUCCAGUGUUCAGCGUGGCACCUGAUCUACAGCACAGAGGUUCACGGUACCAGUCUGAGAACUCUGUACAGGAACACUGGAGACAUCGACCAACCAGUACUGCUGCUGAUAAAGGACACACACAACCAGGUAUUCGGUGCUUUCUCCUCUGAUCCGUUCCGAGUGAGUAACUGCUGCUACGGAACCGGAGAGACGUUCCUGUUCUCCUUCAGUCCUGACUUUAAGAUGUUCGGCUGGAGUGGAGAGAACUCGUACUUCGUGAGAGGAUUUCUGGAUUCCCUGCAGCUGGGAGGAGGAGGGGGGCCGUUCGGGUUGUGGUUGGACGCCGAUCUGCUUCGUGGCUCGACGUUUUCCUGCGACACCUUCUGUAAUCCUCCUCUCUCACCUCACCACGACUUCACGGUGCAGACGCUGGAGGUCUGGAGCUUCUGCUGAACCAGGGACAAGAAACCAUCUUCAUCCUGGUCCUGGUCUCUUCACCACACACAGGAACGUUUACAGUCGCUCCGGAACCACCGCGGCGUGUGUGUGGAGCAUGAGUGUGUAAAUUCUGUACAGAUUUUUAUCUUCAUUAGAUUUUUUACGUAUGAUGUUUUUGUAUGAUGGUAUUUCUGCAUCAGUGCUGGAUCACUGAAUCUGUAAAUCUGCUCUCAUAUUAAAA